AUGGUCCCCGUCUGCUUCGAAAAGUCACGGUGGACGAUCGUGGCGAUGCUGGCCGUCCUGAAGACGGGAGCCACCUGCGUCCCCAUGGAUCCUUCUCAUCCAGACCACCGCCUGCAGUCCAUUGCCACGCGGGUGCGCGCUGCAACGAUUCUCACAUCGCCCGCCAACCAGCGACGCUUCACCCAGUCAGCCCGCAAGACGAUUGCGGUUGACCAGCAGCUUAUGGAUGGCAUCCCAGGCAAUGUGACUCUGACUCGACUGCCGACCAUCUCCCCUUCAGCGCUCGCAUUUGUCAUGUUUACCUCUGGCAGCACAGGAGAGCCCAAGGGAAUCCGCCUGCCGCACACCACCCUCGGGACCAGCAUGCGGGCGCACGGAGCUGCACUACUUCUUGGGCCUGGCAAACGAGUCUUCCAGUUUUCUGGGUAUGGAUUCGACCUGAGCCUGCAGGAGAUGUUCACCUCGCUUCUCUUCGGCGCCUGUGUCUGCGUUCCGUCCGAAGAGCAGCGCAUCAAUGAUCUGCCCGCCACCAUGGAGCGCCUGCGCGUCAACUGCGCCACUCUCACACCUACAGUCGUCUCCUUGUUCCGACCUGCGGAUGUCCCAUCCCUCCGGCACCUGGUUCUGGCCGGCGAGGCGCUCCGUCAGGAGACGGUAGAUGUCUGGCGCCCAAAAUCCAGCGGCCUGGCAAGCCUCAACAACUGCUAUGGCCCUGCAGAGUGUACAAUCUACUGCUCGUGGAACGGCAACGUCGGCCGCGAACCCACGCAACGACCAGCGAAUGUCGGCAUUCCGUGGGCCUGCCAUCACUGGGUCAUUGACCCGUCAAACCACGAUGUCCUCGCUCCGGUCGGCUGCAUUGGGGAGCUGCUGGUCGAAGGCCCGAUUGUCUCAGAGGGCUACCUGGACGUGACGCAGAACAACCCGUUCAUUCAAGAUCCGGAAUGGUCUCGGGCCCAGGAUGGUGGCCUGGGCCGGCGCAUGUACAAGACCGGCGACCUGGUGCGUUGGCACGAAGACGGGACCCUCGACUACCUGGGGCGCAAGGAUACACAGGUCAAGGUGCAUGGCCAACGCAUUGAGCUGGCUGAAGUUGAGCAGGCCAUCACGGCAUCUACGCCUGAGCUCCGCUCCGCCACCGUCGACUUGGUUUCUGGCAGGCUGGCAGCCUUCUUCUGCUACGAGGAGGGUGAGCAACACGCCAAUGGUACUUCUGCCACUGCUCAAGGGCCCCUGCUGCCCGUCACUUCCAGUCUUCGUGCGGUGCUAUCGCGAAUGGAAAUGACCCUCAGCACGCUGCUCCCCAUCUACAUGGUCCCUGCUUUAUAUAUUCCCAUCCAGACACUCCCUGUCAAUACAUCGGGCAAGACGGACCGCCGACGUCUCAAGGAAUGGACCACCCAGCUCUCCGAGGAAGAGCUUCAGCACUACGCCCUUGCCCAAGUCACCGACAAGGUUCCGCCGACAACAGUGAUGGAGAGGAAGAUCCAGCUCCUCUGGUCGAUCCUCUUGAAGAUGCCUAUCGAAUCAAUUGGAAAGCUCGACAACUUCCUGCGGGUCGGUGGCGACUCGGUCAAUGCCAUGCAGCUCGUCGCAGAGGCUCGCAAUGCACGGAUUUCCCUGACGGUCGCCGACAUCUUCAAGUCUCCGAUCCUCCAGGAUAUGGCAUUGGCAGCCAAAUUACACGAUCCAGAUACCGAAGAGGGUGAGCCCGUGGAGCCCUUCGCUCUGAUUCCAUCAACAGAAUCGGAUUCUUUGAUCCGACAAGUUGGAGCACAGUUGACUCUGCCUCUCGACGCCAUUGCAGAUAUAUACCCCUGCGCUCCAAUGCAAGAAGGGUUGAUCGCCCUCUCGGCCAAGCAGACCGAUGCCUAUCUCAACCAGACUGUAUUCCAGCUCCCAUCCACGAUCGAUAUCGCAGCAUUCAAGGCUGCGUGGGAACUUGUCUACCAACAGGCCGAGAUCCUUCGCAGCCGGAUUGUCUACAUCGAGGGGCAAGGCAAUCUGCAGGUCGUCUGCAAGGGCGAAAUAGAAUGGGAAACUACAUCGAGCCUUGCAAGAUACUCGACCGGACCGUGUGACUACGGGACCACUCUUACGCGGUAUGCUAUUAUCCAGGAGGCCGGCAAGGACUACUUCGUCUGGACCGCCCAUCACGCCGUGUACGAUGGAUGGACUACGGCUCUCGUCUUCAACAUGUUGCAGCAAGCUCUCUCCGAUGCAACAGUUACCCCCGUCCGCCCGUACCGCGAGUUCAUAAGCUAUAUAUCUCGAGUUCCUGUGGUUGAACAAGCAGCGUAUUGGGCGACUCUGCUGGAAGGCUCGACGCCCAGCAGCUUCCCCCCGCCAUCCGCGGAGAGGCCGGGCAACGCCGUGGGAGACAGAUAUCACACUCGGUGGACGUUUCUCUCGCCAACGACGAUGGGAUUACUCGCGCCAACACCCUCCGCGCCGCCUGGGGACUUGUCCUCGCCAAGUACUCCAGUUCACGAGAGGCAAUCUUUGGAGUCACUCUGA